UUUGUUUUCAUUUCGACAAAAAUCUUCAAUAAUUGCGUAAAAAUCGAUAAAAGCUGCCCCGAAAUGCGACAAAAAGUGACCUAAAGUGUUGUGAAUGCCUCAAAAAACGGCAAACAGUAGAAAUUUAGUGAAAAUUUGUGCAAAUUUGUAAAAAUUCAAAUUACAAGUAUCGUCGUAGCAUACAAAGAAGAAAAGACUAUUCAUUCUUCGGAGUACAUUCGCGUUGGCUAGUCGAUUCUGUCGCGUUCUGUUGUUAAUAUUUUGAAGAAAAAAAAACAAGCACAAUAAAUAAACAAACAAAUUCAAGUGAGGAACGCGUCUCAGGAAAACCAUAAAAGCUGGGUACCCAAACAUUACGGGCCUUUGACAUGGUUGGAUUAGCUGCUCAAUCCGUGCAAACAGGAGCAGGCCCACCAUCGCAACACAUUUUUCAACCACCUCCAUCGAUUUCGCACUCGCAAGAAGUUGUGAGAGAAAUGAACGCCAUCCCAACGACGGCUCCAACCUCGGCAGAUGCCUGUUUGAGCAUCGUGCACUCGUUGAUGUGCCAUCGGCAAGGCGGCGAGAGCGAAGGAUUCUCGAAACGUGCAAUAGAGUCACUCGUAAAGAAGCUCAAGGAGAAGCGGGACGAACUCGAUUCGCUCAUUACUGCCAUCACGACAAACGGAGCCCAUCCAAGCAAAUGCGUAACCAUACAACGAACUCUCGAUGGUCGAUUGCAGGUCGCUGGCCGAAAAGGAUUUCCUCACGUCAUUUACGCGCGUAUCUGGCGAUGGCCUGAUUUGCAUAAGAACGAGUUGAAGCACGUCAAAUAUUGCCAGUUUGCGUUCGAUCUGAAGUGCGAUUCGGUGUGCGUUAAUCCGUACCAUUAUGAGCGUGUUGUGUCGCCGGGAAUCGAUCUCUCUGGAUUAACUCUCCAAUCCGGUCCAAGUCGCUUGGUAAAGGAUGAAUACACGCCAGGUCCCGUUGUUGGCGGAGGACUUGAUCUUGAUGGACCUGAAAUGGGCACGAUUAAACAUUUACCGCAUCAACCUGGCGGUUAUGGAUACCCUCAAGGAGACGGACCGCAAAUAAGCAGUUCGUAUCAAGGACCUCGUCCCAUUCCGAAAAACGAGCCGGGAGAACGAAAUCCAUGGAUGAUUCCGCCUCAAGGACCGAAUCCGUCUCUGAUGCCCAGACCAUUGUCAACUGUGCAACAUCCGAUGACAAUUCCGAAUGCAGGCGGUUCAAUGCAACAAGGAGGCUUAUUGCCGGGUCAAGGACCUCCCGGUACACAAGUUUCGCAACCGAUUCCCGCACCAAAUACAAAUCCCUCACAGUCGCCUAUUGAUGGUAUCAUAAAUUCGCCGUCAGAUCAAUCAUCACAGCCUUAUUACGCCACAGAUUCUCAGAUUGGGGACACGCACGGUCCAAUGUCUUCAUCUCCUAUGUCACCUAACACCUCCCAUAUUCAACAAAAUGGUUUCGCAUCUUCAACUAACAAUCAAGUAGUUCCGCCUUCGCAAGCUCCCGCUGGACAACAACACUUUGUCCAACAAAGCUCCGGGGGCUCUCAAGGUACAUGGAGCGGUUCUAAUACACUAACUUACACACAGUCAAUGCAACUUCCCGACAUAAGGCAGCAACGCGGAAACGCUUACUGGCAAUCGCCUCAAACGCAGGAUCAUCCAGCACAAACAAGAAUGCUCUCGCGCCAACCAGCUCCCGAAUAUUGGUGUUCCGUGGCAUAUUUUGAAUUAGAUACUCAAGUUGGAGAGACUUUCAAAGUUCCCAGCAGUCGACCGAAUGUCACAGUCGACGGAUAUGUCGAUCCAUCUGGCGGAAAUCGCUUUUGCCUUGGUGCAUUAAGUAACGUGCAUCGUACAGAGCAAAGUGAACGUGCCAGAUUGCACAUUGGCAAAGGUGUCUUAUUAGAUUUGCAUGGCGAGGGCGACGUAUGGCUCCGAUGCUUGAGUGAUCAACCAGUAUUUGUACAAAGUUACUAUUUGGAUAGAGAGGCGGGACGCACGCCAGGCGAUGCCGUGCACAAAAUCUAUCCGAGCGCAUUCAUAAAAGUAUUUGACUUGCAACAGUGCCAUCGACAAAUGCAAAAUUUGGCACAAAAUUCGCAAGCAGCAGCUGCAGCUCAAGCCGCUGCCGUCGCCGGAAUACCGGGACACAAUAUUGUGCCAAGAAAUCUCAGUGCAGCUGGUAUUGGAGUUGAUGAUUUGCGUCGUUUGUGCAUCUUGCGCUUGAGUUUCGUCAAGGGAUGGGGCCCGGAUUACCCGCGUCACUCCAUUAAGGAUACGCCGUGCUGGAUUGAGGUCCAUUUGCAUCGCGCCUUGCAGCUACUCGACGAAGUUUUGCACACCAUGCCCAUUGAUGGUCCACGAGCAUUGGAAGCCUAAAUACGAGUUUCACUGACAAUUUUAACUUUUUAAUUAUUAUUUAAGUUUUAAACAUUUUAAUUUUUUGUUAGAAUUUAGUGCCCGAACAUAGUUUGUUACUCUUUUUACAAUUUUUGUAUGACGAUUAUGUAUUUGUGUAUUAAUGUUAAGUUUUAAACGUUCGCCUUUUUUCUUAGAAAUUUUGUGAAACACAAAAAAAAAAUUACAAAAAUUAUAUUCUAUGAUAAUCCUUACAAUUUAAUGGUAAUAUUAACGAUGAUUGCAAUAUGUAUUUGAAAGAUUAUAUGAAAUA